UCUCGGGCGCCGCUCCCGUUGCCGCUGCCGGUGCCACUCCCGGGGUCGCCCCGCUCCGCCCCGCCGGGCCAUGGCGUUCACGCUCUACUCGCUGCUGCAGGCCUCGCUCCUCAUCGUCAACGCCGUGGCCGUGCUGCACGAGGAGCGCUUCCUCCGCCACGUUGGCUGGGGAAGCGACCAAGGGAUUGGAGGAUUUGGAGAGGAACCAGGAAUUAAAGCACAGCUGACUAACCUCAUUCGAUCAAUACGAACCGUUAUGAGAGUGCCACUAAUAGCCCUGAACUCCAUCACAAUCGUUCUCCUCCUGCUGUUUGGUUGAAGACACCCCGUGGAAACCCUUUGGACAUCCAAAGAAGCCAGUUGCUGACCACCACUGCUCUGAGUUCCCUGGGAUCCAGCACGGUUUAGCUGUCAAUCUGACAUUCAACUUAAAAUAGUAAAAGAUACUAUUUCUAUUUAUCCCAUUUCCUAAUGUUCCCUUGCAGUUUCAUUAAGCAGGAUCACGGGAUCAAUGCAACAACGCUGCAAACACAUUGGACUGUGACCAGUUCUGUUGCUGCCUGUUCAUAGUGUUGAUUAAUUAUUAGAGUAAAUGUCAUAGGAUGUUGCAGUGACUGGCAAUGGGAUGCAGCUUUUAAAUGCUUUGUUACUCAGGGAUGAAUUUCCUUCAGUACGCUCUCCAAUUUGUUUUUAAAUUGAGAAAAACAACAAUGUGUUUGUUUCCAUUUCAAUUACUACCAUGGAACUGUUCAUGAGAACAUGAAUUAGGCUCUGACAGCAUGUCAUAAAGAAUACUUGUUAUAAAGGUUUGAAGUCCAGCUGUGAUAUGGAGGGAGAUAAAAUCAGCUGGGUAAAGUUCCUGAUUCAGGUUAGCAUUGAAAGCUGGAUUUUUCUGCUUUGAUUGGGGAUUUUUGUCUUCAAAUCAGUAUAUCAUACUGAUGGUAAAGUCAGUAUGUAGAAAAUGGGUAUUUUUCAUACUGAUGGUAAAGUCAGUAUGUAGAAAAUGGGUGCAAUUGCAGUGCAAAAUUCAAAGAAAAAAAAUUAAAAAUUAAUUAAAAAAAAAAAAAAGCUGUACCUAAAGCUGAGUAACUCUGUGUUAACUUUGGGGAUAUUAGUGAUUAGUAUUUGUUACUUUUCUGUCAAGAAUUGUUAUUACACUUUUUAAAAUAUGUAUUAAACUCUGCGUGGUGAUCACUGUGGUCAAA